AUGGAAGUUUAUGGCAAAAUCGACAGAUAUAUCCGCACGCCGCGGUCCUCCAUACACUCAUCGGUCGGCGACGAAGCAGCGUUUAACAACACGUUAACAAAACAACCCGAAAAUCCAGACUCGGUAGUUGGUUCAUCAGUUUCAAAAUCGAAAGCGUCACAACGUUCCGACUCCGCCGCCAUCAUAAGCGAGAUGCAGCAACGUCUAAAUCAAGAAGCGGAGUUAAGAAGGAGCGUCGAAGAUCAACUUUCAAAAGCGACGAUAACUUUGACGCAGAUGACCCUCGAUUCCGUGAGAAUUUCCAGCGAAAUCGAACGCAACGCUGAGCUACAACGAAAAUUCCAGCAGCAAGCUGAUCAGAUGGCGAAAGAAAAAAGAGACAGCGACGAGGCCGAACUUCAAUAUCGAACUCUGGUUGAAAAAGAUAAACGAGAGACGAACGAAAAACACGAAAGGGCUAUGGAAGCCGUCGACACCCGAAUCAAACAGCUAGAAGAGCUGUCACGGCAGAAAAAAGAAGUUGAACGUUCCGAAAAAGCUGAGGCCCCGGGACAGGGAGCCAUCCAGAAAAAGCGUGUAGACUUCAGCGGCCACAACACGGAAGUUACAGCUGAAGGGACCAAGGAAACGGACGACAAUGGCAACAGAGAAUAUUUGAUUCGACGACCAACACCAAAUUUUUCUCGCGACAAACCGGAAGCUGCCAAUCCAAGUUCCAAUCCUGGCAUUUUCAACAGCAGCACCUUUGACGAUUUGAAUUUAGACGGCGAUCAAGAUCCGUCAUUCAACCGCUACGUUCCGCCUUCCUUUGGAGCGCAAAACUAUGGGACGUCAUUCUUCCAGCCCACCGCUCCGCUUUUAUUCGGAACGCAAAACCAUAGUGCGAGAUUCUUCCAGUCCACCGCUCCGCCUUCAUUUGGAGAAGCGAAUAAAAAACCGACAGAAAAAACCGAAAGUCGGAACAGCCCGACAGUCGACUCGUCAAAAUGGUCGUUCAACAACACGAAAAGCGGGCCGGCUGCUGGCAACACCCCGAACCGAAAAUCCGUAUUCCGAAUGCCGCGACUAGAUCUUGACCCGUUCGAUGGCGAUCCAAGAAAGUGGCCGACUUUCAUCGCCAAUUUUAGAGAUUUAGUCAACGACGAUCAGGCGAUAUCAAGCACUCAAAAAAUGGCGCUUCUCCGAAGUUGUUUGAAAUCAAACAUUCAGCAGAGUCUGGGCGAUUGCCUAAACGAUCCAGCUUUGUAUGAAGCAGCGCUUGAAGAGCUCGAGUGUACAUAUGGCCAUCCUCAUCUCAUUUCAAGAACGUACAUUAGAAGCAUUCUUGAUCUUCCGAAAGUUCCGCAUUUUAACGACUAUCGAGCCCUCUUAGGAUUUUCUACGUCCCUGCGUGGCGCCGUGUCGUCGCUGAAAAAUGGCGGCUACGAAAAUGAGCUGAAUUCCGGCGGCCUACUAGAAAUAAUUCUCGACAAGCUCCCUGCUGACAUUCAAAGCAAGUGGGGGAAGAAGAUAGUAAAAGUACACCCGCAAUUCCUGACUCUGCAAGAUUUUGUACCGUGGCUGCACACCAUCGUGAAAGCCGAAAUGGUUGUGAAGCACGCCAAAGCGUCAAAUUCUCAACCGACAGAAGGAAAAGCUGGACGACAAGACCGAAAACCGGGCCGGCAAAUUCAAAGCAAAUUGAAUUCGCCCGUCUCACCAACGAUCCUCUCGAUAUCGACCGCAUCGAACUCGAAUCCGAAACCGAAGGUUCAGAACACCGUUCAAUUCAAGAACCUAAAAGAAUGUCUUGUUUGCAACGGCAAUCACAAGCUCCAAGACUGCAAGAAAUUCUCCGAUUUAUCCGUAAUCGCAAGGAGCGACCUCAUCAAGAAAAAUGGUUGCUGUCUUCGGUGCCUUGAAAAAGGUCAUUUAGGUCGCGACUGUAGCAGCAGCAAAAAGUGUGGUGUCGACGAGUGUCAACACAACCAUCAUAGUCUCCUACAUGGCGCGCCGCGAUUAUUUCCGAAGCCGUCCGUCAGUGCGACGACCGAAAGUCCAGCAACAGCAGUGUCGACAAAGCGAAACGACAGUGGAACCGGCGGGACCGCCGGAUCGACCCAUUGCUACACCUGCGCCAUCCGCGAGAAGGACAGAUCAUGGUCCGUGCUGUUGGCCGUCGUGCCAAUCACAAUCUGGAAUGGCAAGAAAAAUCUCGACACGUUUGGACUGUUGGACCCUGGCAGCGAAGCGUCUCUUAUCUUAGAUCAUGCGGCCGACAAAAUUGGAUUGACCGGACAGGCCCAAACGAUCCGUCUGAGAACCUUCCAUGGCCAAGAUCCAGAUAUUCCGACGCGCACCGUCAACUUCGACAUUUCUCCGAGAGACGAUCAAUCACGAUUCAAAACUAUGAAUGCAUUGACCGUCCCACAAUUGAAUUUUGCAAAGAAGAAAUGCCAUUGGCCCAGCGUCAAGAAAGAAUGGAAUCAUCUGGCUGAUUUAGAUUUGCCCACAUUCGACUCGGCCCUCGUCACCGUCAUUAUUGGGCGAGAUAUACGUGGAGCGCAUCGUAUUCUAGAAGAACGCUGCCACUCCGGAGACACCGGCCCAGAUGCCAUUCUAACGCCAUUUGGUUGGUGCGUAGCCGGCGCAGUGCCAUCACGAGUGUUCGAGGCCUCCGAAAGAAGACCCGGGAUUUAUCAAAUCCAUUUUCAGCCAUCCGACUUAGAGUUGAGACAAGAUAUCGCGAGGCUGUGGCAAACCGAAGCCUUCGGUGUCCAGAAACCAACUCAGCCGAUUCUCUCUCCCGAAAACCGGAAGGCGAUGGACAUCCUUGAAAAAUCUAUCCGCCACACCGGAGAGCGACAAGAAGUCGCAUUAAUGUGGAAGGAAGAAACCGCAGUGCUGCCAAACAACUAUUCGUCGGCGGUGCAGCAGCUGCAACAUUUGUCCAAGCGCUUCAAACGAGACCCAGCGUACGGCGAAAAAUAUAACAAGGUCAUUCAAGAAUACUUGUCGCUCGGCCACGCUAUUCCUGUCGAUCCGUCUGACACAGGUACGCCCGGUCGCUUGUUUUAUUUGCCACAUCAUGGUGUCACGUCCGUGAAUAAGCCGGACAAAGUCCGCGUCGUUUUCAACUGCUCGGCUCGGCAUAAUGGAAUCAGCCUCAACGACAUGCUCUACCAAGGCCCGGAUUUAUUAACCAGCCAAGUCGCAGUCCUCCUCCGCUUCCGUCAAUUCCCGGUACCGAUUGCCGGAGACAUUGAAAAAAUGUACCAUCAGGUGCAAGUUCCAGCAAGCGAUCAAUCCGCUCUUCGUUUCCUGUAUCAGGCGCCUGGGAGUAACGAACCAAUCAAAGUGUUCCAAAUGACACGACAUGUUUUCGGUGCCGUUUCAUCACCAACGACGUGCAUUUUCGCUUUGAGAAAAACCGCCGAAGAUAAUCGACAUCUUUAUCCGAAAGUUGCCGAUCUCGUGCUGUCGAACACGUAUGUCGACAAUCUACUCUACUCCGCCGAAAACGAAGAAGAAGCCAUUCGCGACGCCAAGGACUUCAAGGCCCUAUGCCUAACCGGUGGAUUUAACGUUGUACAGUGGAUGUCGUCAUCCCGCCGUGUUCUCUCGACAGUCGCUCCGUCCGAGCUCUCUCGUCCUCAUCUCGACUUUAAUUCUGAGUUGCUCCCGGUCGAAAGAGCGCUCGGCAUCCUGUUGGAUUGGGAGACCGAUCAAUUCAUGUAUCGAGUCGAACUGAAACCGGCAUCGACCAUGCGUGAAGUGCUGCAAGGUUUAUCGAAGGUCCACGACCCUCUUGGCCUCAUUGCCCCCGCCAUUUUGCCAGCCCGAAUCUUAAUGCAAGAUAUAUGGCACAGCCGGUGCGGAUGGGACGACGUGCUGGACCAAGAAUUCCAAAAAAUCUGGGCAAAUUGGACCAUCGAGCUAAAACUUCUAGAAAAACUCCGCAUUCCGCGUUGCAUCCGCCGCGUGUCCCAACCCGUUCAUCUGGAACUUCAUGCGUUUUGUGAUGCCAGCGAGAAUGGUUUUGGCGCGUGUGUUUAUCUCCGAUGUUCAUAUUCGGACGACGACGUUAGUGUCGCCUUAGUGCUUGGCAAGGCACGAGUGGCACCGUUGAAACAGUUAUCGAUCCCGCGUCUCGAACUCCAAGGAGCUGUGUUGGCCGCUCGACUCGUCAGCACAGUCCGACACGAAAUGAAUCUGAUGGACGUCCCAAAAAUAUAUUGGACCGACUCGCAAACAGUCCUUCAGUGGAUUCAUUCGACGUCCCACCGCUACCACGCUUUUGUAGCUCACCGAAUAACCGAAAUCGUCGACCAGUCAGUGGCAAAAGAGUGGCGACAUAUUCCGGGCGAGCUCAAUCCAGCAGACGACGCUUCGCGUGGCAUUCCAGCGUCAUCUUUAAACCCGAAACACCGUUGGUUUUGUGGGCCAUCAUUUCUCCGGAUGCCCCGCGAAAACUGGCCAGCGCCCGAACAAAUAUCUGAGCCCAGCUCGGACGAUCCAGAAGUUGCCCCGUCACGCUGGAUGGGAGCGAUUUCGAGCGAACCCAUCCACCCGCUAAUCCGCAUUGCCGAACGUGUGUCAACUAUGGACAAAUUCAAAUCAUCCGUCGGCUGGCUACGGCGCUUUGCGCGAAAUUAUUCGUCAAAGGUAAAGCUCCAAUCAACGCCCAGCUUUUUAUCCGUCCCCGAGCUCCGCACGGCAAUGACGUUCGCCUUCCGCAUCGAUCAACAACAUUAUUUCGCCCGUGAGUUGGAAUUUCUCCGCAAAAGGCGCCCAUUGCCCGUCGAUUCAAAGCUGGUACAUCAUACCCCCUUUCUCGACGUCAAUUCCGUCAUGAGAGUCGGUGGCCGUCUAGAUAGAAGCGCAUUCAACGAAGAUAUGAAGCAUCCUAUCAUCCUCCAUCACGAAAGUAAAUUGGCCCGAUUGGUUAUUCGUGAGCGACACAUUUAUCUCGAACAUUCGCGACCUGAUCGCACGCUCCACGAUGUCCGAUCGCGCCCCGCCAAUUAUGGCUCCUCUUCCGUCUUAUCGUCUCCGCCCGUUCACUCGCCCAUUUUCCGGAACGGGAAUAGACUACUUUGGACCGAUGACCAUCACCAUGCUCCGACGAUCGUUGAAAAGAUGGGGCGUGAUGUUCACCUGUUUAACGACCAGAGCCGUCCACAUCGAACUCGCCGAAACGCUGUCGACUGA